AGAAGAACUCACCCACAAAAAUGAUACAGGGAAGAAAGAUAGAUGUUUCCAUCAAAUUUAGUUUCGUCUUCUUCUUCUUCUUCUUCUUCUUCUUCUUCUUCUUCUUUCCAAUUCAUAUAACAUACAUUGCUACAUCUAUUUGGAAAACGAGGAAAAACAACAGUUCUUUCUCCACUCAUUAAGCAGAGCUUCGAAGAAUCCACCUUCCACUUUUGCAAAGAGGAGAGAUUUUUUUUCUCCCUCUCUCUCUCUCUCUCUCUCACUUUCUUUCCGCUUUUCCAUCUCGGCGAUUCUGGGUAUUUGUGCUCUUCUCGAGAUUCUGCUCACAGAAAACAUGGAUUUUUAUGAAGGAGAGUGUAUUCAUCCGCGAAACCCAGAUACAAAUUCCCGUGGCGAGUCUGUAAACCAUCAUUGUUCUUAUUCUUCUUCAGCUUCGGACCCCAACAGUGGUUACAAUGGUCCAGGAAUCAAAACCCUUCUGAAAAAUAUGAUAUUUGAUCUGGGUGUCUCUUGUUUCCUCCCCAGCUCUGGCGACAAUGGCGGGCCCGCCGACCAGAACAGGGCGUGGCUCUUGGCUGAAACUGGACCGGAGCUCAUGAACCCGGAUCCACAUUCCGUACACUCAUCGUUUAGGUUCAGUCUGUGCUCACAAGUGGAACUCGAGAAGAUGAAAAUGGAGGGAUCCUCGUCGUCGUCGUCACUUUGUCGGAAUCUGUCGGUUUCUGGGUCAUCGACGGUUCUGCUGGUGAAUCUGGAGAAUGGGUUAAAGGAGAACGGGAGAACGACGGAGGAGACGAAGUGGAAAAGGGCUUGGUCGCUGGAUAAGAGCAUUUCUCCGGUGGCGAAUUCUUUGAUUCGAUUCAGCUACGGUGAAAUUCUCUCUGCAACACGCCAUUUCUCCAAAGGGAGAGUGCUGGGAAGAGGAGCUUGCAGCUAUGUCUUCAGGGGCAGAAUCGGAAUUUGGCUAACGUCGGUGGCCAUCAAGAGACUGAAUAAGGAAGACAGAGAAACACCAAAGUCAUUUUGCAGAGAAUUGAUGAUUGCCAGCUCUCUCCACAACCCUAACAUUGUUCCUCUUCUAGGGUUCUGUAUCGAUCCCGAAGGUCUUUUCUUGGUGCACAAGUAUGUUUCGGGUGGCAGCCUCGAGCAUUAUUUACACGGUAAUUUCCUCUUUAAAGAUAAGAAGAAAAAGGGCAUAAAGAGAUCCUCGGGUCUUCCCUGGUCGGCAAGGUACAAGAUCGGGUUAGGGAUAGCGAAUGCUAUAGCGUAUUUGCAUAAUGGGACAGACCGAUGUGUUGUACAUAGAGAUAUCAAGCCUUCAAAUAUCCUUCUUUCAUCAAAGAAGAAGCCUAAGUUAUGUGAUUUUGGAUUGGCUACAUGGACGGCUGGAGCUUCGGUUCCUUUCCUCUGCAAGACCGUCAAAGGCACAUUCGGUUAUUUGGCUCCCGAGUAUUUCCAACACGGAAAAAUAUCUGAUAAGACCGAUGUUUACGCCUUUGGGGUCGUGUUGCUUGAGCUACUAACAGGACGGAAGCCUAUCGAAGCCAAGAGGCCACCCGGGGAAGAAAAUUUGGUCGCAUGGGCGAAACCGUUGUUGCAUAGAGGGAUGGAAGCUACGGAGGAACUGCUCGAUCCACUGGUGAAACGUACACGAAAAAGCUCUGUUCUGAUAAACCGAAUGAUCAGAGCUGCUGCCUCGUGUGUGAUCAAGGAAGAGUCGCGAAGACCCGGGAUGGAAGAGAUUGUCUCGAUUCUCAAAGGCGAAGAAGGAUUGGAACAGGGAACGAACUCAUGUCUGAAAAAAAACAAUCUUCCGGGCAUGAUCGACAGUUACACGCAAUUGAAGCAGACGAAAUCCGAGAUGAAGGGUUAUCUGGCUCUCGCCAUGGUCGGAGUUACAGAGUUUGAAGACGAAGAUCAUUUGUACGGAAGGUAAAAUCUUCAGACAAGUCUGGGGAAAACUUGGAUGAUUUCUAGUUGAAAGUUUUGGGAGAAGUGUAGAUAGGUUUAAGAUUCAGACAGAGUCUGUAGUUUGAUCACUGAUUUGUUCUGAGUCUUAGUAAAUGGUCAAUGGUCAUGAGCGAGUUUUCCCAAAUGAGAAAACCGGUUUAGGUUUUUAAUUUUCCGGUUUGAUCGGUUACCGAAGUUAACCGAAGUAGAGUAGUUGCCCUUAGGAAUAGAUUUGUGUGGUUUAUUGUUAAUUUGUUCUAUCCAUAAUGACCAAAUGUAAGAUAUUUAUA